AUGGCCGCAAAAAGGGAGCUUGUGAUAAGUCUAUUCUUGAAAAGUUUUCGACCGUGUGAUAUCUUAGAGAAGCUGAAACCACUCGGAAUCAACGAAAGAUUCAUCUUUCGUACCAUCAAGCGAUACAAGACUGGUUCUUGGAAAAUACUCCCCAAGCCUGGUCGUAAACGCACUGUGAGGAGUCCGGAAGGCAUCAAACGAGUAAGAGAGCGAGUUCGACGGAAUCCGGCUCAGUCUGGACGUAAGAUGGCGAAGGAGCUGGGGAUAUCGCAGUCAACCAUGAAGACUAUUUUGAAAGAUGAUCUUCGGUUGAUCCCAUACAAAAAACAACGGGUGCACGGUUUGACUGAAAAGCAGAAGGCUGGAAGAGUCGAAAGAUGUCGGCAGCUUCUCAAGCGGCACGGUGGUUGUGAAAUUCUGUUUUCGGACGAUAAAUUGUUCCUGUUACAGGAUCACCACAAUCAACAAAAUGAUCGGAUAUAUGCAGCACAUCUUUCUGAUAUUCCUCGGGACAAGCUGGCUGUUAAAAAGAUUCCAAAAUGUUUCCAGGGAUAUGGUAUGGUAUGGGGAUGUUUCUCCAAAAAUUUGAAAGUUCCCUUGCUGCUCAUCGAACCUGGUGUUAAAAUCAACACUAUUUAG